ACUCCGCGCCGCCCCCCCGCGCCGCCCGCCCCACAACAAAACUCGGCGCGGCGCUCUCAGGAGCCCGGCUAGGAGCGACCCGCGGUCGGGACCGGAGGCGAGACGGACCGGGGCGCGGGCCGGGACAUCAAGCCCGGACGGCAGCAGCAGCCGCGCGUGCCGGGGCGCCAGGGAAGCGGGCCGAGAGGCGGGUCUCAGCCCAGAGGGCACCUUUUGCAAACAUGUCUGUGGAUCCCUUAUCCAGCAAAGCCCUGAAGAUCAAGCGUGAGCUGAGCGAGAACACGCCGCAUCUGUCUGACGAGGCGCUGAUGGGGCUGUCGGUGCGUGAGCUGAACCGGCACCUGCGCGGGCUGUCCGCCGAGGAGGUGACACGGCUCAAGCAGCGACGUCGCACGCUCAAGAACCGCGGCUACGCGGCCAGCUGCCGCGUGAAGCGCGUGUGCCAGAAGGAGGAGCUGCAGAAGCAGAAGUCGGAGCUGGAGCGCGAGGUGGACAAGCUGGCGCGCGAGAACGCAGCCAUGCGCCUGGAGCUCGACGCGCUGCGCGGCAAGUGCGAGGCGCUGCAGGGAUUCGCGCGCUCUGUAGCCGCUCGCGGGCCCGCCGCGCGCGUGGCGCCAGCCAGCGUCAUCACCAUAGUUAAGUCAGCCCCGGCCCCCGGGCCCGGGCCAGGGCCGGGCCCCGCCUCCGCCCCCACCUCCGGCCCCUCCCCCGCAGCCUGCUCCUAGUGUCCACGCCCCCCCAGCCCCCGCUUCCUUCCCAAAGUGCCUAAGCGUGGUCUCGUCCCCAGGUGCCAUUUCUCUGUAGCCACCAGCCCGGUGGUGAGCACAUGAUCCCUCCCGAGCCUGCUGUCUUCCUGUUGUGGCCCCUGUAACUGGGUCCUAAUAGUGGCCUUGGGGUGAGACAACUUUGGUGAGAACGGUGGGGUGGUAUUGAAGUCUGGGGUCUCUUUUGGCUGAACAGUCCAGCUGUCUUAGACUGGGAUGGUGGGAUACAGAGUGGAUUAGAGAGAAGGGCUGUCCGGGAGGAGAGGGCCACCCCUCAUUUUGUAAAGUGUCUGCUCAGAUCGUGUCCUAGCCCCUCCGAACCCUCCCAGGAUUAGGGACUAGGUUUGGCUCCCAUAUGUGUCUCCUGGGACUGGAGGCUAAUGUGCCCGCCUUUGCGCUGGGCCCAGCAGUGCCUGGCCUUCCAAAGCUGGGAGAAUCAUCAGACAUCACCUAGUGAGGGCCAGUUAAGAGAUAGGGAAACAGGCCUCCAGCAGACAGGCCAGCGCUCAAGGCCAUCUGUGUUUCGUGGCUGAGCUGGAAAAGCCAAGCUGCCCUGAGGUUCCAGCCAGGGUUGUCAGGGGCAUUGUGGACACGGACUGGAAAGGAUGAUGGAAGGGCCUCCCUGGCCUGGGAGCUGCCUCUGUGAGUUAGGGGAAGAGAAGUAGAGGGCCGGAGAAGGUGAUAAGGAUGGAAGAGAUAGAAGGAGCUGGCCAGCCAGAGAGAAAGGGGACCAAGGAGGCAACCAUUGACUGUGGCACGUGGGAAGAUACGACAGAUGCUGAGGUCUUGCAGUCCUGAGAAGGUCCUGAGAAGGACCAUUGUGGCUUGAGGGGUGGCCACUGCCAUUGAUUGCCAUUCUCCUGGGGAGCCCAGCCCCAACCCUCCUGCCCUGUAUACAGCUGUUUAUUUAUUGCACGAAUUUAAGUUAUUCUCCCCAGCCGGAAACCUAGCACCCACUGCCUGGGAAAAGUGGUGUGUGGCCCUGUGCUGGACUUUAUAUUUUAUAUCUGCAAAUAAAUCACAUUUUAUCUUAUAUUUAGGGAAAGCCGGAUGACAACCACCCAAAAAAUGUUUAAAAAAAAAUUGACCCGGCCCCCAGAAUUUAUUUAUUUUCUGACUUACAGUAAGCGAGUUAUCCGCCUUCUGUAUUUUGUAGACUUUCUGAAUAAAAGUCAAAUUCUCUUUUUCCACAGUGA